CCAACUCACGCCGUUAACCUUGCCACCCUGGCGCAAGCAGGCACAUAUAUGCCCUUUCAAAGAUUCUACGACCUUUCUGCCACACUAUUGAUCACAGCCCUAUCAGCAGUCGUACGCAUGUAUCGCAUUGAUUAUCCACCACAAGUUGUAUAGCUUUGACGAAACCCAUUUUGGAAAGUUUGCUGCCAAGUAUUUAAAUGGUACAUUCUUCUUCGACGUACAUCCACCGCUUGCCAAAAUGAUGAUAGCUGGAGCUAGUCAUGUAGCUGGAUUUGAUGGAGCUUUCGAGUUUACAAACAUUGGAGAUGAAUACGAAGGAAAAGUGCCGCAUGUUCCUAUCCGGUUGUUCUGCGCAACUUUUGGUGUGCUGACUAUACCCAUAGCUUAUUUGACAAUUCGUGCUGCUGGAUUUUCGAAACUGGCCGGUCUUAUGGCGGCUAUCAUUGUAUGCUUUGAAAAUGGAUUUGUCACAAAUCAUCGACUUAUACUUCUUGAUGCCCCUCUCCUGUUUUUCACGGCUUCCACCGCUCUUUGUUGGUUAAAUUUCCAGAACCAAAACCAUAGGAAGCCAUAUGGUUUUUGGUGGUGGUUUUGGCAAAUAGGUACUGGCGCUUCUCUCGGCGCUGUGGCUAGCAUAAAAUGGGUCGGUCUCUUUACCAUCGCCACUAUUGGUCUACAAGUCAUUGAAGAGCUAUGGUUAAUGCUCUGUGAUAGAACUGUAACACCCAUGAAAUUUCUAAAGGGGUUUGCUUCUCGAGCACUCUGCCUCAUCGCUAUUCCAAUCGCCCUAUACCUUGCUUGCUUCUGGGUUCAUUUCAAUAUCUUGCCUCGAUCAGGCGAUGGAGAGUUCAUGAUGAGUGCUGCUUUUCGGUACAGUUUGAAAGGAAGUGCCCUCAAAAGCUCGUAUGCAGAUGUUAGCUACGGUUCCAAACUCAACAUUAGGCAAAACAGGGAAAGUGGUGGCUAUCUGCAUUCCCAUCCAUUAUUCUAUCCUGUUGGAAGUCUACAACAACAAGUAACCGUAUAUGCGCACAACGACUACCACAAUGACUGGAUAAUGAUCCCUGAGCAUGGCACGGAAAUACCGGAUCCUGAAAAAAUCACGGAGCCGCUAACAUGGGUAAAACAUGGAGAUGUUGUACGGCUACUUCACCCUGUUACCAAUACUUAUCUGUACAGUAAAAACAUCAAGGCUCCAGUAACGCAAUCCGACUACCACUUUGAAGUUAGUGCAUUUGAUGUUUUCAGUGAUACCAACAAUCUUUGGAGGGUGGAGAUAUUGCGUGGGUCCAGCGAUGAUGAUCAAUCUGGUGGGCGACUUCGGGCUCUCAGAACGUUCUUUCGCCUUAUACAUGUCAACAUGGGCUGUGCCUUGUAUACGCGGGAUAAAAGGUUACCUGAAUGGGCAUCGCUUCAAAAUGAAGUGACAUGCAUGAAGUACGCAAAGAAGGAUGAAGACACGACAUUUUUUAUUGAAUCAAGCCAAGACAUGCGAUUUACGGACCAAAAUCCCGUAGUCGAGUAUAUGAAACCAUCAUUCUGGCAAAACUUUAUUGCUUUGAAUACAAAAAUGUACAAGUCAAAUGAGGCCCUGACCGCAAGUCAUAACUAUGAGUCGCGCCCUGGUGAUUGGCCCUUCUUACACCGCGGCAUCAAUUACUGGUCAAAAGACAGGAACCACAUUUACCUCCUCGGAAAUCCUAUUGCUUACUGGGCAUCUUCUAUUGCAGCAGUAGCUUUCCUUUUAGCAAAGCUGGCCAUCGCCUUCCGGGAGCAGAGAGGUGUAAUGUGUACAAACCCGACCCUGAUGGUAUUUUAUAGUAGACCGACCGUUUUCUUUACCACAGCUUGGCUUCUUCACUGGCUUCCUUUCUUCUCUAUGAAGCGACAAUUGUUUCUGCAUCACUAUAUGCCAUCACUGUAUUUUGCCAUAUUGAUAUCCAUCGUCGCUUUUGAAUACUCUACCAAACAUCUGUCGAACAAAUAUCGCUACAGCGUUGCAGCUGCUAUUGCUAUCGCCUAUCUGUAUGUAUUCUGGCGUUUUAGCGCCAUCACCUAUGGCUUGGAUUGGACAAACAAUAGCUGUUAUGAAAAUCGUCGUCUCAGGUCAUCAUGGGACUUCAACUGCGAGAUGUAAGUACUGAAAUUCUGGUUGAAUUAUGUCAUUUAGAAAUGUUGGGUAACCGAAGUUUUGUCCCAAUGAUGCUGCUUAGCUAUCCAUAAUAGCCAAAAUCGGCUGCAGGCCCACACCGAUGGCUACCAUGUUUGUCAACCGGGUA